AUAAUUAAUAAUUGAUGUUUUGUCGGUGUUAAAUGUUGAUAUGAUUAAAUAUCAUAUUAUAUAUUCAUAUCCACUAAUCUAUUAUUUUAAAGUUUAAAACUGCUAACUAGUAUUCUUUAUAGUAUUUUAGCCAACCGUCGACAGUUUACAUUAUUUUAUAUUCAUCCAGUGUAUUUUUCGCUAUGCCAUCUCCAAAUAUGAUUCCUGAACCGCUCGACGUCAGUUUCGUUAUCGAAGAGCUCGAAAAUGACGAAAUCCAAGAAGGGUCUCUGACGGCUGAACAGUACACCAAAUUAUUUUCCGCCUAUUUGUACACAAACGAAUUGUGCGCCGCAAAAUUCUUAUGGCGCCGCGUACCUGAGGCACUGAAGUCCGAUCCCGAAUUACAUAAGGUUUGGUCAAUUGGCAAAGCCCUCUGGUCAAAACACUACACACAAGCAUAUGAACUGAUUGACUGCAAAUGGUCUGACGUACUUGAGCCUAUUAUGGUUGCAAUCAAGCGUCGCAUCCAACAGGACACAUUAAAAUUCAUUAGCAUGCACUACGAAAACAUUCAACUCGACAAAUUUCAAACGUACAUGGGAGUAGACAAAGAACAAGCAGAGAGAAUAGUGGAAAGUGAAGGUUGGACAUGUAAAAAUGGAUAUGUAAUGCCAAUAGCAAUCAGUGAACCUGAUUUGGGACUAGGCGGUAGUCAAGAAAUUCUAGACAGAUUGGUGACACUAUCAUCAUUUACAUCUUAUAUUGAAAAUUGAAUCAGUUUUUUUUUAUAUUAAAUAAAUUUAAGGCUGAUUCUAACCUGUCAACUAAGAUAGCUUGAUUUAAAAUAAAUUUUAAUAAAUCAUUUUGUGAUCAAGUGUAUACAAAUGUAACAUACCUAACGAUUAUAUUAAAUCUAUCUUAUAAAUGUUUUUAUUUUAUUUUAUAUUCAUUUUUUACUGAGUUAAUAAACAGUACUUAGUACUAUGUGUUAUGUUUAAUAAAA